AUGAAAUAUGAUGAUUUUUAGAGACUGAUUUCAGAGGAAGAUGAAUUAGUUUAAAUAUCCAAGGCUUAGUUGGAACAAUUAAUUCUAAAAAAUUAGCAAUCUGAAGUACUUCCAACUCAAAAAUAAUCCAGCAAAAUAAUUGUCAUAAAAUAAGCCCCAAAAAAACCAAAACAUUAUCAGUUUGCUGAUGUUCACUAUUGGACAAUUACAUAAUUUGAUUGGGAUAAAAAAGUACUAGAUGCCUUGAAGGGAGCAUUCGGUAAAGAAUAAUUUAAAGCAAAUUAAAAAGCCAUAAUAAAUUGUGUACUAGCAGGAGAGGAUGUUUUUGUUUGUAUGCCGACGGGUUAUGGAAAAAGCAUAACUUUUCAAAUUCCUGCUUUUGUUGAAAAUGGUACAAUUCGACCUGAUAUUUAGGGGUUUCGAUUAUUGUAAUGCCAUUGAUCUCAUUGAUAUUUGAUUAAGUGCAAUAUCUUACAAGUCUUGGUAUUCCAACUCUCAAUAUGAGUGGCUAAAACAGACUUUUAACAGCAUAAUAAAUUCUGGAUUAAAGAAUAAAAUUAAUUUAUACUACUCCUGGUAUUAAAUAAUUUCAAUUUAGAAAAAAUUGAGAAAUCAGAAGCAUUUAAACAAAUUUUAGGAGAUCUCUUUAAUAGAAAACUAAUUAAAAGAUUUGUUAUCGAUGAAGCUCAUUGUGUAAGUAAAUGGGGAAGAGAUUUUAGACCAGAUUACUUGAAAUUGAGCAAUGUUAGAAAUGAAUAUCCGGGUGUGCCUAUUGUUGCCUUGACUGCAACUGCUCCAGAAGAGGUUAAAGAAGAUAUUAUAGACGUACUUCAAAUUAAAGGAUGCUUAUAUUUAUAAUCUUCUUUCAAUAGACCAAAUCUUAUCUAUGAAGUGAAAUUAAGAGAAGAAUUCAAGAGGACUGUUUAAGAAAUUAAGGAAUUUAUCAACUUAACCUAUCCUAAGCAAUCUGGUAUCAUAUAUUGCCUAACUUAAUCUGAAUGUUAAACCUUAUCAUAAAGCCUAAUACAUCAUGGCAUAGGAUCAGAUUACUAUCAUGCUGGUCUUACUGAAAACGAAAGACAUAAGAUUCAUAAGAAUUGGCUCAUGAAUGAAGUACAAGUAAUAGUUGCAACUGUAGCAUUUGGCAUGGGAAUUGAUAAAAAGGAUUGUAGAUUUGUCAUUCAUUUUCAAAUGCCAAAAUCCAUUGAGAAUUAUUAUUAGGAGAGUGGGAGAGCAGGAAGAGACGGAAAACAAGCACAUUGCCUUUUAUUUUAUAAUAAUAAUGACUAUAAAACUAAUUUAGUAUUCUUUAUCAUUUAUUUAUUUUAUAGUGUCUAAUGGAUUUAAACACAGAAAUGACUGCACAAAUGAAAAAAUACAAUGUUAAAAAGUUAGAUCAAAUGCAACAAUUCUGUUAUGAUAGAGUUUAGUGCAGAAGAGUUUUACAACUAUCUUAUUUAGGCGAAAAUUUUGAUAAAACAUUAUGUAACAAAAAAUGCGAUAAUUGUCAAAGAGAGGAUGAGAAAGCAGAGAAAAUUGAUCUAACUAAGGAAGCUCUUAAAAUUCUUGAUUGUUUGGAUAAAUUGCAAUUGACAGAAAAUCAAUUAAUUUAAUGUUUAAAAGGUGCACAAGACAAAAAGAAAUCCCAUAAUUCAUUAAAGAGUUUUGAAUAGAUCUUUGGACUAUUUAAAAAUAACCCUCGCUACAUAAAUCCUUUAUUAGAUUAAUUAAGAGCAUAAAAUGCCUUAAGCUAAAAGGUAUAAGAAUACAAUCUCAAAGGCAAUUUCAAAACAAAAGUUGUCUAUAUAAUGCCUAAUUAUGAGACAUCAAUAACUAGUCUAAUAAUAUCUCUUCCCAAAGACAAAAGGCUAUCGUUUUUGGAUUGCAAAUCUAAUGAUCUUUUUAAAAAGUACUUAUCUAAAGAUAAUAAAAAUUAAAAUAAUAAUGGAUCUAAUUCGAAUGUUUUAAAAAAAGAUUUACUUUGGUAAAGUGAAAACAAAAUUGAAACUGAAUAGAAGAAGUUAUAAUAUGAUAAAUAAUAUGGUUAUUGUUUAGAAAACCAAUUUAAUGAUUUACGUGAAAGAUUGAUGUUAGUUCGUAAGAAUAUAUAUAAAGAAAUGACCAAUAAUGCAUCGAAUUAAAUUAUCAAUAUUGAUUUGGUUUUAUCUAAUGAUGAUAUUGAAGAAUUAUGCAAGAAACUUCCAAUCACUAUGAGUGAAUUAAAUGAUCCAUUCAUUUGUAUAGCCAAAGAAAUCAAGAAAUUGUAAUAUAUGAGGCAUUUUAUUGAAGAAGUUGCUCAUUUUGUUGAUAUUGAAGAUAUUAAUAAGUUAUUAUUUGAAAAGCGUAAGAAUAUUUUCUAUUCUAGCUUAAUAGGUCGAAACCUAAAUUGAUUAAGUAUUUGAGUUUUAAAAGCAUAUCAGACAAGAUGAUGAUGUUAUUGAUAUUACAAAUCAAGAACUUAUUGGUAAAAUACAAAAUAUAAUAUUUAGCUAAAUAAAAAGAGAUUGAAGAAUUAUUGUUAAAUGGUUAAGAAAAUGACGAAUACUUAGAUUAAGUAUCAAUUUGUUUUAAAUUAGCUAUUAAAUCUUUUUGAAGAAGAAGAUAAAAAUAAAUCUCCUCAACCUGUUAUCAAAGAUAAAGAUAAUGCUUAAAAUCAAAAAUCAAAUUUAUAGAAGGUGUAAACUUUUGAACCUGCAAAAUAAGAAUAGCCAUAUUAAUAAGAUCUAAAGCAAACUUGUAAAAUUGAAAGUAAUUAAUAACCCAAAAAGCUCAAAUUAAAUCUCAAAAGAUCAUUUUUGUGA